UGUUCAAUAUUCGCACACGACGCAGUAUCGUUGUUAUAGUUUUGAAAAUGAUUCGAGGUUUUGUGCAUAAUGUUCGGAAUUUUUUAGGUUCCAAACAUUUUUUACAGCCGCAUCUAAACCAAUGUAUGAUUAAGCGAUUACAAUCCACCGAAUUGAUCGAAAAAGCUAAGAAAGCUUCUGAAAAAUCAGAAGAUGAACAAAUGGAAAAACUCAAAAGAUAUCGACUUGCGGAGGUACAUCUUUGGCAUGGAUUGAAUUAUAGAAGCAUAGAUCCGGAAUUUCUCACCGAAGACCAACUACAACACCUUUGUGGACUCGAUGCGAAGCAUCAAAGAAAGAGAUAUUGCAGAUAUUUAUUAGUAAAAAUGGAAGCAAAAGCCGAACAGAAAGCAAAAAAACAAGCGGCAAAGGAUGCGAAGAGUGGAUUACGUGAACAAGUUCAAGCCACACGUGCAUCAAAUCCUCAUAUAGUAUAUGGGGUUGGUCAUAAUUCGCAAUUCCUUCGUAUCAACAGCCAAUCAAUCAAUAAAUGGAUCAAUCGAAAAAUGUUCAGAUCAAAGUUGUAUGGCCAAAAGUUAGUCAUUGAUUUGUCAUUCGAAAAUCAUAUGACGGAUCUUGAGCGAAGUAAAUUGUCUUCCGGUUUGAAGCGAGUUUACGCCGAAAAUCGAGCGCACAAAAAACCAAUGGAUUUGCAUUUAUGUGGUGUACCACCGGAUAGCGUCGUCUUAAAAUCACUUUGCGGACAAAUUCCAACGUUAUUGAGUAAAAAAUCACCGACGGAAAUCCAUUCUGAAUGCUUUACAGAACUGUUUCCCAAAGAACGACUGGUCAUGUUGACGCCUGACAGUGACAAUGUGCUGGAAUAUAAUUUCGAUGACAUAUACAUAAUCGGUGGAAUUGUUGAUUUUGGACGUAACGAACCUUUGACAAUGGCAAAAGCAAAAAAAAUGGGCAUCAGAACAGCCCGAUUGCCACUAGAUAAUAUGCGAUUGAAGGCAGGCGAUUCACGAGAACUGCCAAUGUCGUCAGUGGCGGCUUUUAUACGCGAACAUCAAGUUAAUCGAAAUUUAAAGGAAAUCAUUGAGAAAUGUGUGUAUUUAUAUUCGAAAAAAGGGAAAUUAAUUAAAGAAGUAGAGGAAAGGCGACGCACAAAACAUGAGGCGACGCAUAAAACACCAGAGGACUAAGUAAUGACAUUUAAUGUAUUUUUAUGUAAUGGAGUAAAGAAUUUAAAUGAAAAUAUCAGACCUCUGAUAGUAACAAUGUAA